UUCUCCAGCUGAGCUCUCCCUCCAGCAGGACCAGAGGACACUCUUAACCAUGAGGCUGUUCGCACAGACCCUCGCUCUCUGCCUGGCUGUCUCUCUCAGCCUGGCAGUUCCCUCGCAUCACCAGGGCGAGCAUGUGGCUGCAGAGGAACCUGCUGAAGACCUGCCCGCCCACCACCACUCAUUCCACCAUGGGGCUGUGAUCGACCGCUGCAAGGGAAUUGAGUUCGAUGCUGUUGCUGUGAAUGAGGAGGGAGUUCCAUACUUCUUCAAGGGUGACCAUCUGUUUAAGGGAUUCCACGGUGAAGCCGAGCUUUCCAACGAGACCUUUGCCGAGCUGGAUGACCAUCACCACUUGGGGCACGUAGAUGCAGCUUUCCGCAUGCACUCCGAGGACAGCCCCGAGCACCAUGACCACCAGUUCUUCUUCCUGGACACCAAGGUCUUUAGCUACUACAAGCACAAGCUGGAGCCCGAUUAUCCCAAAGACAUCUCUGAGAUGUUCCCUGGCAUCCCUGAUCACCUGGACGGUGCCGUGGAGUGCCCAAAGCCAGACUGCCCCAGCGACACUGUCAUCUUCUUCAAGGGUGAUGACAUCUACCACUUUGACAUCAAGACCAAGAAGGUCGACGAGAAAGAAUUCAAAGGCAUGCCCAAUUGCACCGCCGCCUUCCGCUACAUGGAACACUACUACUGCCUUCACGGACACCAGUUCUCCAAAUUCGACCCCAUCACCGGAGAUGUCCACGGAAGAUACCCCAAGGAGAUCCGCGAUUACUUCAUGAGAUGCUCUCACUUCGGUGAUAAGAAGACUGAGGAGCACCUUGAGAGAGAGAAGUGCAGCCGUGUGCACCUGGACGCCAUCACUCAGGAGGACGACGGGGAUCUCUAUGCUUUCAGAGGCCACCAUUUCAUCAGUGUCUCUGGUGACAAGUUCCACUCUGACACCAUCGAGAGUGCCUUCAAAGAGCUGCACAGCGAGGUGGACGCUGUCUUCUCCUAUCAGGAACAUCUUUACAUGAUCAAGGACAACCAGGUGUUCGUCUACAAAGUGGGAGAGCCACACACCCACCUGGAUGGAUACCCCAAGCCUCUGAAGGAGGAGCUUGGCAUUGAGGGUCCUGUUGAUGCCGCCUUCGUGUGCGCUGACAAGCACAUUGCUCAUGUUAUUAAAGGCAAGACGAUCUACGAUGUGGACCUGAAGGCCAGCCCACGUGUCUCAGUGAACGAGGGACCCCUUACCCACUUUAAGCAGAUUGAUGCCGCCAUGUGUGGACCCAAGGGUUUGACGGUAGUGAUCGGAAGCCAUUUCUACCAGUUUGAAAGCCCCCUGCAAAUGAUUGCUUCCAAGGCCAUCCCUGAGAAGCACAACGUGGCCCAAGAGCUGUUCGGCUGCGACCACUAAACACAUCAUAGGGAGUGAGGGAGGGAGAGAGGAGAUGCAGCACAACAGCUAAAAACUGGACUGACCUCCAGGGUCCUGAAGUACACCCUCCAUUAGCCACAGGAUCACACAGCAAAGAACAGGCCCAGUGCCCAGUUUUUUAUUUUGCCGUUAUUUUAUCCAGUGGCGUGCGCAUUGUCCUCUCACUUGUGUCACUCUACCUUUAAAAUGUCCUACCUCUGCUGCUCUGUUCAACUAAGCUUUACCUUCAGCUAACACCAACACAUUCACCAGCAUGUGCUGUAACACAACUGCAGGGCUCUUUUGUCUCAAACAGGAUUUUCCACUACAAUAAUAAUAAUAUGCAUAGGGUGUACCCUGUCAGUGCUGUCUGUAAACAUCGAGAGCCAACUGAAACACUUUGUGGUUGAUGAAUAAACUGAAGUGAAAUAA